CGAUAAUAUCUAAUAAAUUCAUGAUGCAUGCAUUGAGCUUGGACAUAUUCAAAGCGAAUUUUUAGUUUUACUAUUCUGAUAAUUUGAAAUUUUGUGAAUUCAAAAACUCAUAAGAAUUAUCCUUAUUGAUUUUUUCAUAGGUCUAAUUGAGAAAUCUUAUUGCCUUCGCACAUCGAAUAUGGUUUUCCAGAUAAAUUAAAAAAAUAAAGUAAUUAUUAAUUUCAUUGAUUAGAAUACAAACCUAGAAUGGAACAGGAGGUGAAUAAAUUUUAUUACAAUUUCAAUGGGAUUGAAGCUAUAUAGAAAGAUCUUGUUUAAGAAUAAUAGAAUAAAAUCUCAAUUUGCAUCAUAAAUGAGGUAUAAAAAAAUUACUCAAAAAAUUAGCUAUUUAUAUAAAAUUUUUUUAGAAGUAAGUUCGAAACUAAUAAAUCGAUUGUAUCGAAAACGUAGAAAUUUCAUAUAAUAAUGGAACAAUGAAUGAAGAAUACUAAAGGAAGAG